UCUCUCUCUCUCUCUCUCUCUCUCUCUCUCUCUCUCUCUCUCUGCUGGAACUCACGUCCAGGGAUAAUACUCUCGCUUUCUCCGUCUUUGCUGCUGCAGAACGGACCGUAAAGCUGCAUGCUGCCUCUUCCUCUGCACCGGACCUGGACCCCGAUCUAGCUCUCGCUGUCUCGACAGAGGAGUGUUUGAGCUUCAGCUUCUCUGUGUGCAGGUUCUACAUCUUCUUGCUUUGGCCUGCAGAGAGAGAACAAUUUGCUGGGACAACACCUGUUUCCCUGCCUGUAUGGAUGCAGGGAUCAGAUCCAGUUGGACCACAAGACACAAACAUAUACCACCAUUAAGACUACAAUUUAUAAAUCUUCUGUGAGCAACACUCAUCAUUUACCAAGAACACAUUUGCUUAAAAGAAGCCAUCGCCACUCAGACCCUGAAGGCUCUGCUGACACGCUACCUACUGGUGUCCUCGAGUGGGCAGGACUUCACUACCUUCUGCGCUUUGGAGUUCACUUCAUCCACUAAAGUACAGGUGCUCAUUACCUGGGGUACUGGUAACUGCUGUCAUCUCCAGGUGCAUGUGUGAACACAGGCUUUCAGCACUAGCAACUGGCAGAUGAUCUAAGAACAUCAAAUCAAGGUAUUCUACCUUUCUCUGAGAGGAAGCACUUCCUCAUCUGUAUUGUCAAGACGUCUGAUUGUCGGGGGCCAUGAGUAGCUACUGGGGUGACAGUUUCCAAAAUCAUUCGACGUGGAACACUUAAAAUGGGGACAGGACUGGCUGCCAUGCUGCAAGCUCAGUUCUAAUUACAGAGACGAAGCCCUUCUGUUCACCUUUCUCUCUAUUUAGAUUUGGCCUGCUUGCUCCUCACCUGCAGCCUUUCCAGCAUUGAAUCUGAACUGUUGCUCUUUACCUUCAUCCCUUCAGCUCCUUUCUUUUUGCUCCUUUCUACUGAGGGAACCUCAAACGCUCCUAAUCCAAACCAUGGCCAGCAGAUUCUGUUUGUCCUCCCUGUCUCCCUCCUUGUGUCUCUCCCUCCUGCUUCCUGCUCUGCUGCUCCUCCGCCUGCCUGUUAUGGUGAAAGGGGACUGCUGGCUGAUAGAGGGGGAUAAAGGCUACGUUUGGCUGGCUAUCUGCAGUCAGAACCAGCCUCCAUAUGAGACCAUCCCCCAGCAUAUCAACAGCACGGUUCAUGACCUGAGGCUGAACGAGAACAAACUUAAGGCGGUGCUCUUUAUCUCCAUGUACCGUUUCACAAACCUCACUGACCUCAAUCUAACCAAGAACGAGAUCAGCUAUAUCGAGGAUGGGGCCUUUGCUGGGCAGGCCAACCUACAGGUGCUCCAGCUAGGCUACAACAAGUUGACCAACCUGACUGAGGGCAUGUUGAGAGGUCUGGGUCGAAUGCAGUGCCUCUUCUUGCAACACAACCUCAUUGAGGUCAUUGCCACCAAUGCCUUCUGGGAGUGCCCCAACCUCAGCAGCCUGGAUUUAUCUUCAAAUAAGUUGGCCCGUCUUGACCCGUCUACCUUCACUGUCCUGAGCAGACUGAUGGUAUGUGAACUUGCAGGAAACCCGUUCCACUGUGGCUGUGAGCUCUACAGUUUUCUGACCUGGCUGGAGGAGUUUAAUAAUGUCACCCACACCUAUGACCGCCUACAGUGUGAAACCCCUUCAGAAAUGACUGGCUAUCCACUCUUGAGCCCAGUGUCUGGACAUGGAAGAAAUGCUCGUUACAUUCUUUUAUCUGUCUGUCGUGAUGGUGUGAUAAUUUCAGGGAUGACCUCCCAGAUGCCAGAUCCAGAUGGCUCAGGUAUGGUUUUGGACAACCUAGAUCAAGGCAUGUAUCACCAGCCAACCAUAUCAUCCACUGCAGACCCCAACUAUAAUCAUCAGAUUUCCAUGAAUCUUCAAACAGUCUCCCUCUACACUGCUUCUCUAAUGGUGCAGAUCCCUCGGCCAUACAGUAAGAUGUACAUCCUCUCCCAGUACAACCACACUUAUGUUGCAGACAUCAUGCCCCUCAAAAACAAGAAGGAGAUAAUAACUUUGGACAAGCUGAAACCACACACUAACUACACUUUUUGUGUGGCUUCUGCAAGCAAAUCUCAACGCUACAAUCAUACCUGUCUGUCUUUCACCACACGAGAUGUGGGACCAAAGGACCACCGAACCAAUCCAUCCACAACUACCCACUACAUCAUGACCAUCCUGGGAUGUCUGUUUGGCAUGGUCAUUGUGCUUGGAUUGGUCUAUUACUGUCUCAGGCGGCGACGCAUCCAGGAAGAAAAGGAGAAAGCUAUAAGUGUGAAGAAAACAAUUCUCGAGAUGAGGUAUGGCCCAGAGGCGGCUGCAGCAGUAGCUAAUGACCCCGGAGCCAUGCAGCGUCUCCAGGAGCAGGCUCACCACCAACACCACCAUUCAGGAGCAGGAGGCAAGCUGCCACAAUCUGCCUCCUCUAGCACAGGCAUGCUCCAUGGCUCAGCCAACACCAGUUCCUCCCGCCUCUCUACCUUGCCGCAAGUGGAAAAAAUGGCCACUGCUUUCUCUGAGGCAAUGGGUGGUAAGGGCAACUACAUGGAUGUGAGGAUGGCAGGAGUGGCAGGAGAAGGCAGGGAAGGAGUGGUGGCAGCUGGAGGAGCAGUGGUAGGAGGGGAAGUAGUUGUGGAUAUGCGAGGUGGGGCUGAGAAUGGGACAGAGGCUGGGGAGGAUUCGGAUGACGAUGGCCGCGGCUCAGCAUCAGAGAUCUCCACCAUCGCCAAGGAGGUAGACAAGGUGAACCAGAUCAUCAACAACUGCAUUGAUGCCUUGAAGCUGGAUGCAUCAGCUAAUGUUGUGACCACAGCUGACAAUGCCAACUCUGUGUCCACUGCCCAGCCUCCUUGUAUUGCAUCCCUGCCCCGCAACCUCUUGCCCCUUUCUCCAGGCCACCCGGGAGAUCAGAUCAUGGCCUCCUCUCCAAAAGUGCAUACAAAGUCUCACCCUCAGCCUCACCCUCAGCCACAUCCUCAAGCACAUCCUCAGUCACAUCCUCAGCCUCAUCCACAGCUACAUCAACAGCCUCAUCCACCUUCUAUGGCCCCGGUGCCCCUGGUCGUGCCACUGUCUGAGCGGCCUGGCAUCAGUGGUGGGGGGUUUCUCUCCCCUCCUUAUCGUGACCCACCCCCAGCAAAUGCAGUGCGGCCCCUUCAGAGGCAGUUGAGUGCUGACACAGCUGUGGUGAAGAACCGUUGUGGUGCCCCUGCUGCAGGAUCUGUCAAGAACACAAGAGUGUACAGUGUGGAUAUUCCUGAGCAGCGCAGUGAUCCUCCCAAGUAUCCAGCAGAAAAGGGUAGCCCUGCAGGUUGUGGUGGAGGAGGUGGAAGUGGAGGAGGUAGUGGUGUAGGAGGCUGCAACGGGAAUGGAAUGGGAAACAUGAAUGGUGGUGGUGUGAGUUUGAAUGGGGGUGGAAUGGGGUGUAAUAACGGGAGUGGAGGUGGAGGAGGGAUGGUCGGCCCUGCACAACAGCAGCACCACUUGGAGGUUCAGCCAGACUACCACAGCUCCGAGCACCGCCACUCCUUCCCCGCACUCUACUAUGAGGGUGGCAACGAAUCACCUUCACCGGCCCAAAAGGCUUCCUUUCUCAAGCCACUGGGGCGCACCAAGAGGGAUGCCACAGCCGCUUACUCCCAGCUCUCACCUUCUCGUCACCACAACUACAACUCUGGCUACUCCUCCAGUCCAGAGUACUCAUCUGAGAGCACACUGCGAAUCUGGGAGCGAUUCCGACCUUACAAGAAAAGCCCCAGAGAGGAAGCAUCCUAUAUAGCCGCAGGCCAUGCCCUGCGUAAGAAGGUGCAGUUUGCCAAGGACGAGGACCUUCAUGAUAUUUUGGACUACUGGAAGGGUGUCUCGGCCCAGCAGAAGCUGUGAGCUGAAGAAUCAAAAUCCAAUGCCCUAAGGGAGAUUGCGAGGUGAACGCCAACAGCAGACUAACAAGGGGUAGAUUUUAAUGUAGCAAGACAGUAUAAUGAUGUUUCCUCAGAGGUGUCUAGUGACAUGGUUCAUUCAGCCGCUGGAUUCAGAGCUAAAGAGGUAUUCUCUCUGGGCGAUUUUUAAAAAAGUGAUUCUGUGACAAUUCAUUGACAUUUUAAGAGGUUGUUUCCAGGGUUGGCUUUUUUCACCAUAAUACUUAGUGAUAUUUACCAAGAAACAAGCUGUUCACCAGACUGCCUCAUACUGGGCACUUUGGUCCUUGCAGGCUUCACAGACCCGUUGACUCCCUACUAAUGAGCAAAGCAAAGGUGGUGACAAGCAAGUGUCUUCUACCUCAUUAUUGGCACAGUGUAGCUCAGCUAUCUCACCAGAAACAGGACCCUUCAUGACUUAAGCCCCGUCCAUCUUUUCUUUAAUCCCAUCAAACCACCAUUCACAAAACAAUCAUUCCAUAGCACUGCCAGCACCUGCACUCCUAUAGAAGCAUCAUUUACGGUGGUAAUGAGGGAGCAGGAUGAGGAAUUAGGUGCGUUUGUUUUAGAAUAGCCUGAAUCCCCCUCUUUGGAGGAAGACAGUAAGUGAUACUUAUCAGACUAAUUGUUCUUCCUGGCAAUUAGCCAUUGUAAGAGUAGGCCGGGGAGGCUGUGUCUUGAGCAUGCUUAUUGAUUUGAAACGCCUAACUACAUAUGUUCAGUGGUGUGUAGACAUGUAUAUACAGUUUGUGCAUGCUGAUGUGGAUGAUUACAUGUGGGCGGGACAGUAGGGUUGGAUUGCUGCUGAGCUGUUCAUUAUACUCAGACUCCUUCAUGGUAGCAAAGUGGAUAGCUAAUAGAUAGGUAAUAAGCCAGUGGGGAAGCUGAGUGUGUGUGUGUGUGUGUGUGUGUGUGUGUGUGUGUGUGUGUGUGUGUGUGUGUGUGUGUGUGUGUGUGUGUGUGUGUGUGUGUGUGUGUGUGUGUGUGUGUGUGUGUGUGUGUGUGUGUGUGUGUGUGUGUGUGUGUGUGUGUGUGUGUGUGCGCGUGUGUGUAUUCACAUGAAUGUGUGGUUUUGCCCUGCCUGCCUGUCUAUCUAGAUAGCGUGAAGUCAACCCUUUCAAGACCUGCAGGCAUUUUUGUCCUGUAGCCCAUUUUUUAUUCACAGGUAUAGCAUAUUUCUUUUGAUAAGGGAAACUACGAGUUGGGAAAUUUACAUUUCAAUAGUGUGAGUCAUGCAGAAAUUGCAUUAGGGUGGGUUAUGCAGGUUGGCAAGACAGGUGUUAGCUCUUAUAUUAAAGAACCCGGUAAUCACAUUUAGGAACAGAGGCAGAUUGAGAGUAGGUUAGAGGUUUGCUGUAGCUGCAUCUUAUUUUAUAUCCUGCCAGUGUUAAGGAGACGAGAUAAGGGAGUGAAUUUUCAGCUAUAGAUGUAUCAGCUCAAGGCGAGGCUGCAUAGAAACUAAGAAACACUAAAUGUCAAAUGCUCCCUACAGUACACAGUGAGAUGUAAUGAAUGGUAAGCAGAGUUAGAGCCCUGUGGAUAUAUUCUGCUUCAGACUGUAUGACGCCACACUCAGUAUAUAUGACCCUGUUGUGCUCUGGGUGGUAGCUGGUUUAGCAUGCUCUGGACCAAAGUGCCCUUGGGAGGAAUGAUUUUGAAGGUUUCUAUUAUAUUUGCUUUUCUUUUCCAAUAUGGAUUAACGGAGCAUAAGAAACAAAGGAAAGUAACUGUCUUGUUGUCAUUUGGUUUAUUGUUAUUUAGGAUUAGGGUUUAAAUUUAGAGGUGUUGAAGUGAAACAAAAAUGAAUAAAAAUAAAAAUGAAAAAAUGGUUAGAACUAAUAGGAGCAAGGCUUGGUACUACCGUGGACCAAACAAGAAACUUUAAUGAUGCACGUUUUCUCACUUCCAUCGAUGUGCAUAGCAUCCAGAUGAACUCAAACGCUGAUAAUUCUAACUUUACAAAUUUUGUAUUCAAAGCUAGUCUUUUUCCUCCAUAUAAAUUAUCUUUAUCCGCAUCUACGCUGUCAAAAUAUUAAUUUCAGCUGAUCUUUUAUUUAUUUGUCCGCCCACUCGUCCUAUCCUCACCACUGUCAUCCUGACCUCUGCUGUGUUGCAUCUCAAUCCAAAAGUUAUGAAUUCUGCUUUAAAAUUCAUUCCCAUCCAUGUUUUUUUUCUCUUCCUACCACCUCUGUCCAACCUAAUGGGGUAAAUUAAUGACUAAUUUGCAGAGGUUGAUGUUGUGCCAUCGUCUGAGGUCAGAAGAGUGUGCUGAUGUUAUUAACUCUGCCAGACUGGGGGCCUGAUUGAAAUAAUGACAGCUGCCUUUGUUUGCCUGUCUUUCUUUCGGUCCCUGCCUCCCUCGUUUAAUGCUUAACCGUGUUCCUUCUCUCUCUGUUUCCUCUAACGCUGGCUGCCAGGAAUGGCCUUCAAACAAAUGGUCUGAAAAACUAAAAUCAGAUUUCCACUUUACCAUGACUGUGCAGGUCAAGGUGAGCUAGCUGGGAUAUAUCCUCCUGGGCAUCAUUCUUUCUCUUCGACUCUGAUUGUUCAGGACUGGUCAGUCUGUAAGGCCUGGAAGGCAUGAAUUUCUAUUUGAUUUUCCACUGGGUUAGCCCCUGAUAUCAUCAUUUUGACAGGGCUUGAAUUCAACCGCUGUUCCAGGUGUGAGUUUGAUGGGCAAAAUGAGAGCGGAGGGUGGCAUUUACUCUUUGACCUAUAAAGAUUUCUGUCUUGAGAAUAGGCUCUAUUCAAAAGGUCAGCUAGUAGGAAAUAAAUCUGUUGUGAGUAGCAGAGGUAUUUUGUGUUUAUGCUCACAAAGAGUUUGGCUUAUUGGACUUUUUACCUAAACAGUACAAUCUGUUUAAUUAUAACAUUUCACUGCUGGAAAGCUAUCUGAACAGCCAGAUACCUUGAGGGGUGGUGAAAAAAAAUAUGUUUAUUACUUCAGUGAAAACGCAAUUUAAUUAUGCAGUAAUGACAGAGUGUCAGCUUUUAUUCUCCUAUCUAUUCACUGUUUUUGCUUUUGAUAUUUUGUUGUGUUUUAUAUUGAAUGAUAGCUUUACCUCUGAGCUUUCUAUGUCAUCUGUGGCAACCAGUCCAAUGGACCCACUAGUGUUCACAAUGGGAUGUCAAAGGCAUGUCAUUACUUUGCAAUCAGAUCAAUAGAACUUAAUUUGGGUGAGUGGGACCAAAUAAAAACACAGAGCAAAGUCCCUCAGGCACUCAGUUCGAUAGCCUCCAUUUUAUUUAUUUAUUUAUUUAUUUAUUUAAAUAAUGGGUCUAGUGUUCUAUUUUGGCCCUUUGUUCAAAUUCCACUGGCAGCCCCCUCCGUGUCAGGUCCAAGGAAGCACCAAUCAAUUAGUUUUAGAUUAGUACCAUGGUCUAUGCAAGGGUAGGAGCUUUUUAGAAAUAAUGGCUUCAUUUGGAAGAACAGGGGAAAUUGAGCCGAGGCUACCUGCAUGUAUCCUCAAGGCCUUUCUUUAGGUAUAACAUUAGCUCAGUUAUUCAUAAGCACAGUGUGUCCCACUGCCAUAAUUUACACUUAAGAACAUUACUCAUUUCUGUCUGGCGGGUCCAGUGUUCUUUAUGCUUUUAUGUAAUUCUAUAAGCUUACUCUUUCAUUGACUUGUUCUCCAAACAGACUUAAUUCUGCUCUGUUCUGUUUGUGUAAAGGCACAUAAUAUAAUGCAUUUCACUUUUAACAGUCCAUGGUGGCCAAGCCUUGCUCCUCUUCCUGAGUUAACAUACUCGCUUCAUGUCCACAAUAUGUAUUAAUCUACAGCAGUUAUUUUUAGCUGACAGCAAGGUUCUUGAUCUCCCUCCGUUACAGUGUGGGGGCUCUGACUCCAGAAUCAACAAGUUGAGACUGAUGGAUGUACAGAUACUGUACCUUGGGGAUUGCCUGUGUGUCUUCUCUCCAGCCUGCCCAAUUAACUAUAAUGAUGAAUCAAUAGGAGGAAAUCGCUGCCAGUCUUAGGCCUCCAUGAGAACAAAAGUGACAGGAAACAAUUGAGAUAGCACAACUUGUGGCAGUCUCUGAGGAGUAGGGUUGGACCUUUUCUGUUCAGAAGUGUGAUUCCCAGGAGUACACUGGAACUGGUAAUCAGGCAUGCUGUCUGCUGUGAACAAAAUAAUAAAACCACUCACUGGGCUUCCUGGUUCUACUGCCAAGAAGUGUAAGUUAAUGUCAAGAUUAAAGCCAUUGUGAUUAACGGUUGUUCUGGGAGGAACCGCUGUGGUGAAUAGUAAAGAAGCUUUUUAUUAAUCUAAGAAAUAGAGAGACGGUUUCUAUAUGCUUCGACAAAUUCAUGGGGCUUUUACGCUGUUCUAGACAAUAUUGCUGGCUGCCUCGGGGACUCGUUGCUACACAAGUUUGGUUUCUCAUUUUGUUUUGGUAAGUUUUUGAAGUUCAGGCUUAUUGAAAAACACAAAUCAAUAGUCAAGGAAAAUCAUGGUACAGCCCUCCUGAUUGCCUCCCUUUAGAGUUGUAGCUGCACUCAAUGUGAACCUUGGGCACAGAAACCAUGCUCUUGAAAUGGUUCCCUGGGAAUGGCAGCGAGGUCUCUUUGCUCCUCUUUAAUUAAACUCUUGAAUCUAUACAAUAAGGUCUGCAGUGGAAACACUGACUUUGUUCUAAUGCUGUAAACAUUAAGACAUUGUGGGGAGAGAGGCUGGCUGCUCACUUGUAGACAUAAACCCAGAAGGAUUCCUCUACCCAUCCCCUUAUGCCCCCUUCUUCCUUACCAUUUACAAGUUAAUGGACCACAAAAACCUGUGCUGUGAACUUUUUGUCACUUCUCCUGCAGUAUAGAAAAUGGGAGUCUUGGGACAGAAGUUACGUGAUAAAGGGAAUUCAACAAAACAUCCGUAGGAUUUAAUCUCUAAUCUUGCCCUGGCACAUUUAUUUCCCCUUACAGAAUUGUGCAUUCCCCUCAACAGAGUAAUAUAUUUAUGUUGUAAACAUGUAAAAUAUAAUACAUUUUUACAUUAGAUGCAUUUCAGAAGCUGCAGUUUGGUGCAAUUUGGAGACAAGUAUUUUUGUGCUCAAGUGUGGUAUAGUGAGGCAGUCCUGCUUUCUGCUAUGGAGCUAUACAGUGCCAGGCUUAAGUUAGAGUUCAUUAAAGCUACUUCAUUCAGAACUUUCUCUCACAUCUUGUUCCAGUUUUGGUUGAGAGUUUUCAACAGUUUUAUAAGUUAAUUUCUCGAGCUGAUUUCUUCAGAUCUUAUAACAAGGCAUUUGUUCAAUAUACUUAUCCAAAUAUUGUACAGAGUCAGUAGUAACAAAAUAGUAGCUCCAGAUUUUUUGUGACAUUUCAGUACCAUGAGCAUUUUAAAACUCACUUAAAGUUUGAAUUAAACAAACAUGUAUGUAGAGCUGUUGUGCUUGGAGGCUGACUUCUCAUGUCUUGUCAUGAAUCUUGAUAGACAGAGUCAAAGGUCCAGGAGUCUUGUCUCAAAGACAGAUCUCACUUUCAGAUUAUAAGGAAGCUGGACUGAAAAGCCCUCAACCUGUCACAGCCACAAUCACAAUCUUAAUCACCUAGGAUGUUUGAUGUAAAGGAGGUUACUGAAGGCAAUAUUCAGACCUGGGGAAAGUACUGCUUAAAGGCUGUAUUCAGAGGACAAGCAUUUUCCUUUCAAGAAGCACAGAUUUUAUCCAGCUAAGAUUCUAAAGGUUGAAUCUCAGUGAGCAGGGCAAGAAAAAAGAUGAUGGUCUAUUAUUAUUGUGUUUCUAACUGAAAAACAAAACGGGUGAGAGUAAUUACCUUAUGUAAGGUUGUCAGCACGCAUGUCAUUCUGUUAUUUUUAGGAAAUUAGUUCUCAUUUCAUAGCUCUGCUAUUUUAAAUUCAGCUGUACGUCAUUUUAUAUUUGACUUUUAGCUAGUUUGACAUCUCAGAAACUUUUUUCACAGCCACAAAAAUAUGAUUUCUGCGAAGAAAAGCAAUUAAGAUCAUUUAUGUCAUUUUAAAAUAAUUUAUUAAUAUGGUACACCUCAUUUUAUAAACUUUUGAACUGUAUUUGAAAGAAAACUAAUCUGGAACAUGUAUCAUAAAUAUAUUAUCAUACGCAUUGUUCACAUUCUUUUAUGUUUUUUAUUAAUAAGAUAAGAGAUUUGGAGAAUUGCACAGCCUUGGCAGAGAUGUCAGCUAAUGGAGUGCUUUGAGGACUUUAAUUUAGAUUUUAAGCACUGUGAAACUGUUUUGCUCUUUGGCUCUGUCUAAAGAAUAUUUUUCCCUCCAGAGAUGCCCUGUGACAUUUCUAUCUAACUGUAAGCUACAUAGCAAAUCCAACCUUUUCUUUUUAAUCUAUAUGCUCCGAGACCACGUGAGCUGACCUUGUCCCUGGCUACUUGCACUGGCUCUACAACGGAAGCAGGACUGUGAUUUAAAUGCACACAGUGCUGUCUGUCUGCUGUUGAGGUUGAGUUGUCAAUACGUUGAUUCAUUUGUGGGCUGACUUGAUCCAUUGAUAUUUUGAGUCAUCGUCAGCCAAAUGAGAAAGACUGACCGAGGGAGUUCCCUUGUGAAACGAACACACAACAAAAGCGGAGGAGUUUCUACCGGUGGCCAACUGUGACAAACACACACUUUCACACAACCACACACACAGACAAAUACACACAGACACUAAUGUAGAGAAUCAAUGAAUAUAUUGUAUGUGUUUGAAUAGUUUAGAGUUACACUUUAUGGACAUGAAAUGUAAGAAAACACUCAACAUAUACCUUCCCACACAUAACUGAGUACACAUAACACACAUUAAUACACACAAACACCUUCCCACACACUUCCCAUGCACACAACAUACCAUAUUGACACCUGCCUACACAAAAUAUGGACGGAAAAUUUCUAUCCACGUUUACAGACACAAAUGGUCUUACAAGUGCCAAAACGGCGAGUUUUAUGUGCAGGCGGAAUGGAACCAAACAUCUGUAAAAAUGAACUCAGUGUCUUUACAGGCCUGACAGCCUAAGUGUCUUAUUUCUGUUGUCGAUGUUAUGUAUUUACAUCUGUAUGAUUUAUGUAUUUCUUUUCUCAGCUGUUCGCACUUUUAGUGUUAUAGUCCUGUUUCAAUCUGUUAUCCUUGUGUAGAAUGAAAAUUACUUAUUGUGAAUGUCAUAUUUGGAGUUCUCAUGGCUCCUUCUGAUCUGUCUCACUUUGAUAUUACAACUCAGAGCACUCAUGUAUGUUCAGUAUAUAUUAGAAUUUUCCCGAGAGUGCGGAGGCUGAUUCCUUCAUGAUUCAACACACAGAUUAACUGAGAGCACAAUUUGUAAUCAACUAAUAUUAGUAGAUUUAUAUGUAAAUGUUUAGGAUUAGCUUCAGCUUGGGGCCAGGAAAAGCUUUAAGGUUUUGUUGAUUUCUCACCUUCAGCUUUACAGAUACAGACACAUCCAGCCACACACACACACACACACAUAUAUUCAGAGGUGUGUUGAAGAACUGAUAAUAUGCCUCUCACACUGAAGCUGUUGUCACCACUGGCCUUUUCAAGGACCUUGUUUCUCAGUCGCUCUUUCGGAGAGGCAGAGAAAAAAACAGCAGGAGUGUCUGAGUUUGUCCUUUUGGAAGAUUGAACCGGCACUGCUGCUGGGAUUGGUAUUAUCUUGAGGAUGGACACUACUGCGCAGAAAUUUUCGGCACUAAAAGUCAAGAGAGAAUGCUUUCAAAACGAAUGUCAUGAAUAGUUUAUUUCUUAUUAUUGCCAAAUAAGUUAAUACAGAGUUAUCUAAAUAGAAAGAAUACCUAAAUCAAGUCAAUAUUUGGUGUUACCACCUUUUCCUUUUAAACUAGCAUACGUAUUUCUAAGUACACUUGCACAAAGUUUUUCAGGUAGGUUGUUACAAGAAUCUUGGAGAACUUCCCAAAGUUCCUCUGUGGACUUAGGCUGUGUCACGGUCAUCUUUAUCUUCAUGUAAUCACAGAUUGUGUUACAAGACUCCUUGUUCUUGUCAUGAAUUUAGUCCUUGGGGAGAUAACCAAUCACAUGCCUCCUUGAUGGUGGAAAAGAAUCUAGACAUCUGAAGUGCCUAGAACUUUUGCAAAGUAAUGUAUGUGUUGGUGUUGUGUUACAGUAACAGUAUGCAUGUGUGCACGUGCGUUUCGUCUGCUUUCAAACAGCCUGUUGUGUCUUACAGUGCAACUCUGCAUUUGUCCAUUCUCACCAUGAGACUGGCUGGUAUUCAUAACGGUGUGAGUGUGUUUGUGUGAAUAUGUGUUUGAGGGAUUUUGUCAUGAAGGUCCGCUCUGUCGAGGGAGUGACAGCUGAGGCUGAGUAUCUGAAGCGUUUUUAAUUAAUCUGCCUUUCAUUCUGCAGGGCUCUCCAAUAAGGCUGUGCUCAUUCACUCGUUUGCUGUCACUCACACUUACACAAAUGUGUGCAGGCUCUCUUGCUCUGUCACACAAACAUAGAUUGUAAUUGCAUGUUUCCCAUGUCAUGCACACUAUUUUCAUGUAUGCACUCGGAGUGGCAACAAUCAGGCAUACACAUGUCACAUAUGUCUCACAUGAGCACUGACUCUUGUCUGUGGCCCUCUAAUUACACACUUCCUCAUGCAUGCUCCACACAGUUAGACACAACUAAUCCUCCUCUACACAUCACUGCCAUCUCAUCAUACUCUUAGCUGAGAGGAUUCCCUUUCCUCCCCUUCCCCUCCCCAACACUUCUACCCUGACCCUGCUGCCCUUUGUUGCCUGAUUAGCAUCAGCGCAGCAGGUUAGAUAUUACUCUCACAACUAGGGUGGCAUGUUAGUUGCCCUGACUCUUGCUCUGCAGCAGGGGGCAGGGGCAGAAGAAAAAUGCUGUUGGACUGCACUGAGAGCUGGGUUAAGUAAAGGAGAGGCUUUAAAUAUCAUGACUGUGACUGUAUCACAGCUGUUUUAGGUUCAGUGAAUCAAGAGAGAAGAAGAGGAGGAGGGGAGAUACAGAGAGGGACGAGACACUAGAGAAGAGAAGAGCAGUGAAAAAGAAAAGAAAGCAACAGAAUGUAUUGAGAAGUGAAGCUUAUCUAACACCUUAACGCUUGACACAAGUCCACAAAGUGAACUGUAGCACCUCGAAGUCGACGCUUAGAUGCUCAUCUUAAUCUCCCACUGUUAAAUCCCUUUGUGUAAAUGACCCUGACACAGUGCUGCAAAAGAGAAGCAGGAUUAUACACAAGGAGUGUACAGUUUGACUGUCAAAGCAUCCUUGAGCAAGGCACUGAAGCUGAAAACAGCAGUUCCCAGGUCCCAUCAUUCUACAUAGUUGCAGUCAGCAAAUUUCAUGAAUAGAUAGAAAAAAAUUGAAUAUAUAUUUAACUAACCAGGAAAAUGUCUAGAACAGUCUGGUGUGCUCAUCUAGGCCACAUUUAGUGUGUAACCAUGAAGCCGGGUUCAAUACUGCACACAGCGGUCCACAGAACCCCAAUAUUGGUGACUCACAGGAGUGUAUUAUUGUUAAUAUGCCAGAGUUUAAUUACCGUCCUUCAUCGCAAGCUGUUGUGUUGCUUCCACCAUCUCCAACAUUUUAGAUGUGUCCAAACAGGACACAAUUUUUUUUUGUAAUGUAGUGAAUGUGGAUUUUUUGAAAGCUGAGUGGUUCUAACUAAAGGCCUUUAUGCCCAGCUCUGAUUGUCUGUCGAUGAUGUUUGGUGACACAUACAAAUGUGUAUCCAGACACUAAAGGGCAAAACUGUUUAAUUCACUGGCCCUUGUUCCUUGUUCAAAUGUAUAACAGCAAUUCACAGUGCAUUGUAGAAAAUUCAGAAUCCACAUACAUGUUAAUCUGCACCCUGGUGUUUUUUUUUCUUUGAAUCUCAGUGUGUUGGUUCUUAUACUAUUCUGGUCAAACAGCGACAUUUAAAAGUCACAAUUCACUAGCAGACUCCUGUUAGCCAGUGGGGGACUCUAUGUGGUGAAAAUUUCAGAGACACCACAAAAUACUAACAAAAAGGCGGCAUUAUCCAAUUUUCUGACAACACUGGAGUCAUUCUGUCCCAGCAGAAUGGAGCACGGCACAUUAAAAUAUUAACAAUAGUAGAAAACAGCAGCGGUAUGCUACCACUUGUUCCUUGUGCGUCACUUAAAUAACAAUUGCUUCGGCAAUUACUAACUCCAGAACAUGAUCUGAGGGAAAUGCGUUCAUGCUUUCCGUUGCUCCCUGGGGCGAACAAACACUGUAAAUGUAAUAACAGGCAUCCACAUAGAGAGUAGUGGAAGGCAGCGACAGACCAAGGAGUUCUCUGGGUUUAUAGAGCAUAUGAUAUUUUAGGAAGCAGGCUGCUGUGAAUGGUAGUAUAUCUUCCUCGAUUCGUAAUUUAGAGGAUACCAUUAUGUUUCUUCAUUUUCAUGUUGGAUUAUUUCUAAUUUCCUUUUAAAUAACUUAUUAAAUUCUUGAAUUUCACAUAACUAUCUUUACUCCCUUCACAGAAAUUGUCUGCACUUGUAACUAUCUGGUAUUUGUACCGAUCAGCUACAAAAUUAAAACCACUAAAAGGUGAAGUGAGUGGCUUCAUCAUGUCCUUACAAUGCAAUGUUUUGCUGGGAAACCUAGGGUUCUGACAUUCACAUGGAUGUAACUUUGACGUGUACAACACUUGGAGCGCUUAAACAAAGAGACCCAACCUCCAAACUCCACAGAUCCCGAUCCAGUCAAGCACCUGUGGGAUGCAGUGGACAAAGUCCACUCCACAAAGGUCCCAUCCAGAGAACAUUGGUCCAGAAUGAGGGCUCUUGAAAACAACUUGACAUUUACCGUAAACAUUCUGCAGUCAAUCCUUUAAAUGUUUUGUUUUGUUUGCUGCUAACCUCCACUAUAGCUGAAAACAUCAUAACAUCUUAUCUGUUGAUUAUACCAGAGAUAUUUUACUUCUCCAUCCCUCACAGCGCCAUAGGUCAGUGGUUCAGUUUGAUGUCAAGCCCAGCAAUCGAUUACAGGCAGCAGCAGCGGUUGCUGGGGGCGACGGGUGGAACAGUGAAGGUUGCUAGGUAGCAGAUAAGAACACAGCUUCUCAUUAAUUGCCUUCCGCUGCUGUGGUACUGAAGAUACAGGAUAGUAGAUUUUGCUGUGGCAUGCAGGCAGCAACACUUGCAACAGUACAUGUAUACCUGCAGGUAUACAUGUACUGUUAGUAUUUAAUGACCUUUCUACACCAGCAUCUAUCAGGUGAGCGCAUGAGAGAAGAUAUCAAAUUAGAGAUGGAACAUGAGAGAGAAUGACAACAUUGAAGAGUUACAUACAGUAGAUGGAUAAAAGAAAAAUCCAAAUAACCAAAUAUAUAUUCAAUAAGAUGAAAAGGUCCCAUUAUUUUUUGCCUGUAGUGGGACAAAAGUGUUGUAUGUCAUCCCCCUGACCCUGAACAAGACAUGUAGUUCAUUCAUCUGGUAAGAAAACAUGAUCUAACAUUUACUUCUGCCUGUUUGGUGACCUGUCCAGACAGCCAUGAAAAUGCUCAAUCAAAAUCUCAGAGGUAAACAGCAAACAUUUCAUCCCCCGGGGUAAUUCUUUCAUUUAGAAAUCUGUUUUCGUGUGAUGAAAUGUGAACGUCAUUGCCUCUACACUUGAAGGCUGAUUUGGGCAAUUUUCUAGAAAAUUGCAGCCUCAAGGCAGUAAGGCAUCAUCUCCGGUCAGAGACAUCAUCUACAGCCUCCUCUGACAACCAAGUGAGGAAUAGUUUGAUUUGAUACGACAGUCUUUGUGUUUGUGUCCUGUGCUGACUUACAUCAAAGCUGCACUGUGAAAAACAACACAACACCACUACAGAUUUCUGCAUGUACAGGACUUGAAUUUACAAAGCUACCUUAUUAAAUAGGCAACACUCUACAUCUGUCUACUCUUAGACCUGUAUUAUGUGAAAGGCAGCCUGAUUAAACAGGCAACUCUCUUGUUUUACAACCCUCUAAUGUACAAACCUGCAGGAUUAAAUACAACACAUUAUACUGGCUCUCCUGUGUAAACCGCUUGAUUAAAAGUGAAACACCUGUCUUUUUAACCAUCCUUCAGUAUGUGUUUAACAUAGAAUCAGAGUCCAUUUCCUGAGCUUGAUUUGUUGCCCUGCGUCUGGCCAAACUGCUCUCUGGUUCCAACUUGUUGAAAAUGAAUCAUCGGUUUGUGACCCUCGCAUCGCCUAUUAAAGAUGCAGUUGUCUCACACAGCCCAGUGUUGCUUUGUGGCAGGAUAAAAGCUCAAUAAAACCUUUUAGCUUGAGCUCAGAGGGAAGAAGUUAAGCUCCCAAGACUAGUGUUCUUGGCUUACAGAGGGGGAUAGCAGAGUGAACAAGGAGUGUGUGGAUGUUGUGUACCUAUACACAACCACAUGCACACAAGGCUUUGCCUGAGUGAUGCUGUUAACUACUGUUAGGCUUGUUGUCUUUCUGUUUUUCACACUCUCUCUAUUUCACCAGUUUCUGUUUCUGACUCCGUGAUGCCAAGCUUUGCAUCAGUUUAAGACUGAGAUGUGAGUGGUGGAAUACAACAGAAGAGGGUGUCUAGGGUUUGGGAUGAAGGAUUGAAAGGACAAAAAGGACCACAGACAAUAUGGGAGAGAUGUGGACAAGAGGAAGAGACAGAAGUAGCAUUUAGGUUUUAAAUUCAAAUGGACAAAGACAGAAAGAAAGGUCAGAGUAGGGGUUAGAGUGCAGAAGUUCAGCUGAUGGGAAGUUGUGUGUGAGAUGAAGAGGUUAAGGCUAAACUCUGAACCCUAACUAAACUGAAAAGAGAAGGCAAAAGAAAAGAGUGAUUGAUCUCAGUAUGACAGACAACUAAAGGCAGGGCUAUGCUUCAACCCUGUUUCUAGUAAAGGCUUUUAAAUAUGGUCUUGAGACUAAGACCUAUCUGAAGUACUACAACACCACUAAAGACAAAAGUAGUAAUUCUGAAAUGAUACACUCGGAGACAGAAUUUGAAAGCUGCUGUUAUACCAGAGUAUAUGCAUUUAUACAGAGGAGGAGACAUUUGUACACUCAUAGAUUUGUAGAUUCCUUCAUGCAAAAAGUGACAUGAACUUGUGAAAGAAGUGAUCAAUCACAGGUGCUAUGUGUGAAUAUUUGUUGGAUUGUUCAUUGAGCUACAAACGAGUCCCAAAAACUUUUAUUCACACACCUAAGUUUGCUUGUAACAGAUUAAAUAAGUGCAAUUCAAAGAGAAUCAAUUUUUAUAUCCGUAGUUUAGAUCAAAGCAAACAAACAGUAGGUGUGUUUCAUCUUGAAGGCAAAGGAAAGGGAGGAAGGAGGUUGUGAAAGUGAAGGCGUAAUAGGAAUAAAGUGAAAAUAACAAGGGACUGGAUGAGAGAGAUGAAACGAGGAAACAGACAGGAGGAUGGUGAAAAGAAUUUAAUGGAAGACCGGCUAUGAGUAAAAAGUGAGGGAGGAAGUCAAGCUGAAGAGUAUGAUUGCAAAGGAAGAUACUAAGAGUGGUGUCAGACUCAAGGCUCCAAGCUUGGAAAUCACUCCUGAAAGAUAAGGGUGGCAGAAAGAGUGGAGGAGGGGAUGAGGCAAAGAAAAUCAGAGUGAAUGGAGGAUAGUGAGAGAUGAGAAGAUUUAACGGAUACGCUGUUGGAUAUCUGUGUAGAGAAGAACACAGCAGAAGCAUGUGAACAGAAGGGUAUGGAAAUCUUGAGAUUGAGAACAUAUUGGAGAAUCUUGGCACAUCAGCCAGACUGGGGAGCACAGCAUGAACUUUAAAUACUGUAAGAUUGACAUGCUUUUUCUUGGCAGGUAGUUUCUCCAUCUGUAUAUUUUCACUGCUGUUACUCCCCUUUGGAUACCAUAUAAGAUCAAAGCGAUUGGAGUAUCCAAGUAGCUGUGACAUUUUCAUAUAAAUCAAUGUCCAUUUUGCUACUGUCUAGCUACACAAAGGUUAUGAAAGGCAGUUUUGUUUGAGUUUUAUCUGGAUAAAUCUUCUGCCACGCAGAGUGUUGUAUAAGGAGCUUGACUUUUCUGGCAGUAGAAGAUGAAGAAGAAGAAGAGCACAGAAAAUCUAACUUUAUCAACAGAAAAAAUAUGCUCAACUGAUUGUUUGCUGGUUUAAGUGCAACUGCCAUCAGCUACACUAGGUAGUGUGCUGUCAUAUAGACAUCAUAUGUCAUUCGGUGACAUCUUUGGCACAUGAACGAUGUAUGUCGUAGCCAAAAGUACUGAGUAGCUGAGACCGAUCUUGUGAGCAAAUGAGGUAAAACUGCAGCUUCUAGUGGUGUAUUCUGAGAAGCUGACAUGAAAGAUGAGCCUCAAGACACUGCCAAUAUGUGUUGCCUUUUAUGCCGUCGUAAGAUACGUCUGCAUCUGAAGAAAUACAUCACUGAUCACUUCUUUGAGCACAUUCUCUCAGAAGCAAAGGUAGAAGCAACAUGACUGGAAUGUGCUCAGAGGAAGAUUGUUCUGGAUGUUUCCCAUCUAAGUCUUUGUUUCUUAUCACCAUGAGCACAAUGUUUGUUUCAGCGCUGCACAGUAAUUCAUUACUUGGUAACAUGUUACAGUAAGGUGCUUACUUUUCUCAGGAGCAAGUGUAAGGGAUUACAGUUUAAAAUCUAGGUAAUACACAGCAGUUUGUAAUCCUCGUAAUGCUCAUUUUGGCAUUUUGGGGAUACACUUAUUUGCUGUGUUAAGCGAGUUGGAAGAAGACAGUGUGUGUGCAGUAAUUAAAAUGGUUUGGUAUGUGUUCAGUGAGAAGAGGUGGUUACUUCCCAGCUUUUUGAAAGAGUAGAAAUGUAACUCACAGCAACUUAAAAGAUAAGUAGUUUAAAUCUGAUACAACAAUUAAACUCUAACAGUUUAAGCCAUUCUUUGAAGCAAGAAUGUACAAAAUGAACUGGUUAUAGCAUAUAAAUUGUUAAUAUUUUCUUGUUUUUAUAAUACUGCUGUUAAAAUGAAAUGAAUAGAAAUACUCUUUGGACUGUUGGCAGGAUGAACAAUAUAUUAGGAUGGACAUUUUCCAAUAUUUUCUAACAUUUUACAUACUUAAUGAGUAAUUGGUAAAAACCAAGCAAAUAAAUAAAUAAUGCAAAUCAUGUACUUGCAUCUUUAAGUAGUGAUCACAUGUUUAAGUAUAUAAUAUAAUGAUUUGAUACCCAAAGAAAAGUGGCCCUUCACCCCAUCAUAUGGGUAUGACAACUUUUCACAUAAACAUUCAACUCAUGCCUUUUAUUAAAUUAUCUGUUGAUGAUUGAUAUUGUUGAAAGAAAUGUAUUUCAUCAAAUCAAUUUCCACUGCAGAGGAAGGCGAGGGACAGAAUUUCAAAUAUACAGACAGACAGGAAAGCAAGCAUUCAAGAAUUCAAAAACGGAAAAGCAUGUAGUGUAUUAUGAAGUAUGAUAGAAGCAGCUUGUCGUGCUCCGGGCAGAAUAGUACACUUAGCAUGCAGAGAGAUGGUCGGUGGUGGCAGAGAGAACGAGUGAGUGAGAGGGCAGGACAGUUACUUGGAGACAGAUGGAAUGAGAUUUUCCUGAAUGAUUCGGAGCGCUGCAUGGACAAGCAUCAGCCUCCCCCACUUUCCCCUGUCCUGUCUCUCUCUGCUCAUCUCCUCAGUUGUCUUCCCCUGACUUCCCCUCUCCUCCCUCACCCACAUGCCUCCUUCCUAAUUUGUGGCUGGAACGAUGCUAUGUUUCUGGAGCUUCACCUGAAUGUGCCUGGCAUCCAUGAGGGAAUGGAGAACAUUGUGUAUUUGUGAAACUGGAUGUGUGUCCACAGAAACAACAGGAGCACAAGGACUAAUGUGAGUUUAAAUGGCCGCAUAAACCGACUCAUUUCCAUGUGCUAAUUUAUGAGUGUAUACAAAAAGAUACAGCAGCAUGUACUCUUUAUUGCUAGCGCACAAAUAGUGUGUCAGUCAGUCCCUUAAUGUGAGUAACAUGCCCAUCACAGGAAGAUGUAUGUGUUUGUGUGUGCCUUCUAAGUUUCCAUCUUUUUAUGAGUGCGUAUAUGCAUUUUAGUUGAUCAAUGAUCCUCCCCUCCAUCCUGACACAGGGCUUGUUUUCGCAGCCACUUACUCAGAUUGGACUAAAUGAACAGAGGGAGAGGGAGAGGGAGAGGGAGAGGGUGGGACAAAGGGAGGGAUAGGGGCUCCCACGAGUCAAAGCUGAUAAAACCGCAGGGCGGUGUGCUGUGGACUGCAGGCCGAUCCAUCAAUAGAGGUUGUGCAGGGGCAGGAGAGCGAUAGGUGAGUGAUGUCUUAAAAACACCAUUGCACACACACUUCUGUCCACUAGAGACACAGAGAUAUAAACGGGCCUAUUGAAGGUCAUUUAGACCUGGGGAUAACAGCAGUGGAACUGCAUGCAGAGCACUGUAUGAAUCCUCCGACAUAAAUAACAAAACGGGUAAUUUGUCACUGCCUUUAAUGCCUGCCAAAGCCAGUUUGAGCUUUUUCUGAUCUGGUUGAUGUUUGUUCAGGCUUAGGCAGCUAAAACUACUUGGCAUCCUGCCUGUUUAUAAUGACGAUUAUGAUAGUACAGAGGCAGACAGGAAACAAGGGGAGCCAGAGGACUGUGACAUGCAACAAAUGACUGCAGCCAUAAUUGAAGCAUUGAUGUUGUGGUUAUGCGGGAAGCACCUUAACCACUGAGCUUCUGUGAUGCCCCAUUUAGAUGCUUUGUACUCCAAGUCUGCACGUGGGCCUCACCCCAAAGAAGUCUCAUGGCAUUACAAUAAUGUCAGAGUUGCUUGUCAUAGAAAAUAGAUCGUGUUUAACAUUCGACCAAGCAAAACAAUGCUCUUAUUGUGCUGCCAAGGACAGUCAUCAGACAUAGUGAAAAGGCCUGGGAAAAAAAUACAAAUAAAGUAAAGUCAAUAAAACGUGUGUAACAAGCAUUGCACUGCCAAAUCAAAGUAAAUUAUUCCAGCUGCCUCAGCCAUCAUUAACAGUGUUAGCCACAGCCACAGCUGUCACUUGUAAGAAUGUGAUGUCUCAGCUGUCCACUGGGAUCACACCACAAGUAAAGUGUUCUCCCUCUUACCUCUGCCACUGACAACGUGUGAAAUUACAUUUUAGUAACAUGUCAGUUAGCAUAACAGAAGGCCAUGCAUGUCUCAGUGACAGUAGAGACUCUGAAAUAUGUUGGGAAGCUUUUGGGUGAACGUCGUCUUGCUGUAGUCAAUAACCAUGUAAUCGUAGUAUAAAACUGUGGAUGCAGCAGGAAGAAGAGGAUAUUACAUCUUUGUUAUUAUUCGAAUGAUCAUCUGUUUGGAGAAAACCAUUUGAUUUGUAGUUUUUUUUCAUAUCCCCAAUCAGUUGUUGUACCAAUAGUAUCAUUACAGCAACAACCAACUUGUACAUUUUCUGUCAUUAAGACCUUCUGUCCUUUACUGAAAUUAUGGUGAAACAGCAUGCACUGAGGAGGUUGCAUGACUUUAAAGAACCACAGGAGCACUGUUGGUUCAGCUACAGUCUCAGAAGGGGAAAGUUGUUUGCUGAUUUGGAGGCAACGGAGUUGCCAUUAACCGUGCUCUCACUGUCACUUUACAUCUGGAAUGUCUUUAUAACCAGGCGUUAUUUUACAAACUACUCACUUUGUUAAAGGAUUUCUAUUUCCACAGCUCUCCUCUCCAAGAACAUAUUUCUCAUAGUAUAAUCACAUAAUUGCAUUUCAUGAGCUAUUGUACAACCUUAAUCACAUAAGCCUAAUCAGUCCAUUUUGCUUGCAUCUCCAGCUGUUGCCAUGGCAAUAGCCCCAGGUGGCACCCUGCGGAUUCCAAAUCCACCACAUUUUCUCACGCUGCUGAGCUAUCAUCCCCAUCUCAAUUAGUGGCCUACAAUGGUCUUUCUGAAGUGGUCAUUUGCUGAACAAACCAGUCAAAACAUUUCUCAACCUACGUCUUGGGGGACAAUUGUCUCUCUUGGCCAGCUAUUCACAGCUAAUUCUGCCUUUUGAACGACCAGGAUGGCCGCUAGCUUUCCCCGUUCUUCUCCAGCAGUGUCACGCUCCAGCUGUCCGCUCGCCUUCAUUUCCUCCCAUGUGCUUUCUGGCUUUGCGCUUCAUCUUCAGCUGUGGAAAAGGCAAAUCACUGCGAGUGUACAGUGCUGCCAUUUUAAAGUUAACAAAAAGGAAGAUUUCAGCUCUCAGAAAGCAUUCAAUAUCCAAUUCAGCUCAGUUUUCUUUUACCAAAUCGUGCAAUGAAGCAGUAGUUUGCUUCUUGUUUUUUCAUUUUAGCCUUUUUCCAUUAUCCCUUGCAGUUGAGGCCAAUCACAGCCAACAUCCAACCGUCUAAAAUGAAAUCACUCACUUAUCCCAAAAACACAUUCACACUUUAAUAUACUUGGAAAUGAAGCUUUCAAGUCCACUAUGUGUGCUCUCUGGUUUAAUAUUGAUGAACCGCUGAGUUUUCACCGCUGACACAGUUUAUUUGGGUGUUCAGGUAUGUAAGGACAGAUGAUGGACCAAAGAACUGCACUAAGGGUUAUAGUUAUGCCAAUAUAUUCCCACUAAUAUUAAUAUUCUUUAAUAAAUACCUAUAUUAAAUGAACAUAAUGAACUACAACUUAGGAUAUAAUGUGCAUAAAACUGCCCCUUCUUGCAGUAAGGUGUAGAAGAGUUUAUGUUGAUCACUGCCCUUUGACAUUUUGGGAUAUUAUUCUUGUUCUGUUUUUAAUUGAGGGCAUGGCCAGCAGUUUCAACAUGAGGGACUCACAUGCGCUAACAUGCAUGCACGGCAUGAAAGCUAAGAUUACAACACACAGAGGGAACAUGACUUUGUUCACCGCUAAGGACGACGUUAUUCCACUAUAUCUUUACAUAGCAGAUAGCUACUACAUUAAUGCCACAGUUAUGUUAUUUCCUCAUUUCAUUUCAUCCUCUUGCAAUAUGUGUUAAUGAAAUGCAUUGGGGGUGGAAGAAACCACAGGCAAAAAGAAACAUCACCUCCAGUGAUUUCCCCUGCUUGAGGGAAAGGAGCCUGUCGACAGCGUAGAGAGAGAACAGAGAACGAGGGGAAUUUUGAAUCACCUGAAUGGUGACUGUAAUGUGGCCACGUAUGUGGAUGAUGGAGGGUUAUUACAGGCAUUAUAUUAAUGGUGUAAUGCAUAUGUGUUUGAUUUAAUUGCACUAAUCAUAAUAACUAUAUGUGACUGCUUGUGUGAGCCAUUUUGUGCGUGAGUGUGUGCCUGCAGCCUUUCACACACAUCGCUGUGACUUUGUUGUGACCUCAUGCCUGUGACAUUAGUGUGGAACCUUUCCACUGAAGAACAACUUACACACAUACGUGCGCACAAAUGCAUGCAGACACACAGCAGAUGAGAGAACCGCAGAGCACAGCACACAGGUCAUGCAAUGGGAGACCAAUCAGCUAAUUGCUCAUUGUUGUCAUGCAGUAGGAGACUGAACACACAUUCUAAGCGAUGCCUUGCUGGAUGUUCAUCUGCCGUCAUUAACAUCAAAGUCUCCGUAAACACCUUUAGAUUCAGAUGUUUGUCCAUCCUACAAGGCUGUCACAGCUGGGUGACUUUUAACAUAUGUAAUGAGACGGACAGAGAUACCAGUUUCACCAGUGCGUGACUUCAGGCGACUACAGGCAGGAUGUUUGUGUGUGGCGUUCAGACAGUUUAUCUCCUGAAUGUAACACAAAAAGGAGAACAGAAGCAAGCAACACAUGAUCAUGAUAGAUUACAAUGACCAUAGCCUUUAUUUAACAAUGUAAUUUUAAAAGUAGAGUACCAGCAUGUAUAAGAUGAAGCUUGUCAUUCCAUCUUUCUGACUAAUAUUUUGGCCCAGAGGAAUUCUCUCCUAAGAACAAAGCGAUUGCCAUUAAGUUCAGUGUGCAUUUUAAUGAUGCCCAAAAAAUGAGUCCUGGUUACUGUAAACCUUUCAUCUUGUGUUACUAUAAUCACAAAACCUCCACGUGUAAAUAAGAAUUAUCCAAGUGUCAUAAGCACAGUUAGGCAUAUUGUCUUUAAAUUUCUCGAGUGCAUCCACACGCCCCAGAGGAUGAACCCUCAAGAAAUCCGACAAUCCAUGACUUUUCCUUUUAGCACCACCCUCAGACCCAAAGCCUAACUCUGGCCAUGAGAUAUACUGGGAUGUAACAGACUAAUUGUCAUAAAAUUAGAUGAACAAUUACAGUCAUUCUCUCAGGGGCAUAAACCUUAAUGACUUGUAUGUUUGCUCGGCAUUUUCCCUACUUUUUAUUACAAGUAAUAAUCAGCUCCUCAGUAUGUUGUUCAUUAUUUCCAACAAUUACCCACAGUUUAGUGUGAUGAACAUCUCACCUGUGAGGGCCCAUUAGUGGGAUGUAAAGUCUUGUUGAUAUUGUUUACACCCACAAUAAAUGCCUGUGCCUGGUCUCACUCCCAACUCAUCACGUUGUCAGGACCACUUGUGCAACAUUUCAACACACCAGUUACCCUUUAGUAUCAUUUUUCAAAGCCCAGUGUAGUCCAAUAGACCUGGGAAAUUUACUGAAUGUUUGAAAAAUGCCAGGAGAAAGUAGACAAAUGUUUUGAGCUGAGCUUUCACUGUCGCCUCCUAACCAAGUAGGUUUGAUACCUAAACUUAAUCAAACAGCAAGUGACAACCACAUUUAAGUCACCAACAAAAGAUUAAGUGAAAAAGUUAUUAUUCAAGACUGAAUAUAAACUUCACACUCCUGGUUCACCAUCAGUCUCACAAACUCCUUAUGCUGUUCUUUUACGCUAAAAACUCCUAGAAAUGUACAUCUAUCCUGUUAAACAGUGAUGUGGGUGGAAUUAGGCGACACUUUCUGAAUAACUUUCCGAUGCCAGUGGCUUUGACAAAACAGCAGCUUAUGAUACCCUUGGAAUGACAAUGAGUUGCUGCCUGCAUGAGGAGGUUCAUAUUGAAAUGUUGUGAAGCGUCUUUGCUACACUGUUGCUGCCUGUGGUUCGUAUUUUAAAACAUUUCAUAAACAGAGACCAUUCAGUUCUGAAACACAAUAAUUUUGCCAGCAGACGUGAAUUAUUGAAUAAUUCAAUCAUCUAUUUUCAAAGUGCAGAUGUCUCAUUUUGAUAUGAACUUUUUUGUGUACAAACUUAUUUUUUCUAACACCUUCAAACCUGUCAAUCAAUAUACACAGUAGAUUUGAGGAAAUUUACUGACUUUGCUUUUUGUUCAAAUAUACAGAUCUUUGUAUUUAGACAAGAUCAACACACAACUUCAAGCCACAUUCCAGGCUCAUGUCUGCUCAGUUUCUGAUAGAUUAUACCCUAGUUCAUAUCUUCUGGAAGUACUUUCAACUCCUCACUUUCAGACAGGUCGUUUAAUGUUUGUCCUGUCAGUUCCUUUCCCCUAACAUUUGCUGUGGCUCUCAGUCUGAUGAGCUGUCAUGGGGAUAAGUUUGAACAGCUCUUGUGUGAUGUGACCUGAACUUUAUCUAACUUUCUUUCCAUAUUGGUCUCUGAUCACUGAGACUGCAAACACAACAUAUUUCUAAGCACUGGAAAACCCAUUUUCAAGCAAAUCAAACAUUUUAGUCCUGGAGACCCAAAGCCUAAAACUAAAUAUUUGUUAUAUCCUAUUUAUUUCUACUUCUGUGUCAAGUAAGCUUGUAUAUUGCCGUCUUUUGUGUCUGGAUCCUGUGGAUAAAGAGGACAGAAACUGUGCUCUGCUGAUCAUCUUGUUGCUUUUCUCUUCUUGAUCUUCACUUUCAAGCUUCCUUUUUAUAAACGCCAAACUCCCAGGGAGCAAAAUACAAGUCAUUAUCACUGAUACAUCUGCAAAACAACAAAGUCACAGUCAUCACUAAUAAAGGCUUUCAUUAGAGUGUCAGCUGUUAUUAGCUUAGCUUGAUAUGCGAAGUGACAGAUCAGAGGGAACCAUGACUCUGGCGUAACUUGCAUGGAGACGGAUGAAAUUCAGAUAAAUGAGCUGAAAUGUGAAUAUCAUCUAUCUUCACUGUACUGCACCCGUGAACAGACUGACUGCUGUAUUAUAAUUCGUAGACCCAUAUCAGCAGCGGUAGCUAUUUAUAGCCCGCCUAUGUUCAGUUUUGUUCUUGUUUGCUUUAUUUUGUGUACUUUGAUCUAUUUCUGGUGUGAUUUUACAGCAGUUUGGUUGCCUGCUCGAGAGGCGGCGUGUACACUGAACGAAGAAGGCAAACAAACAAGAUAAAUCUGUGAAUUUUGUACAAACUGUAGGAACAAAUGACUGUUUUUCUACCAAGCCUGUUAUCUCUAUAUGUUUCUUUGGUGGGGGGUUGGAGGGGUGGGAAGAGAGGGAUGAUGCUCUAUAUGUGCAGGGUGGGUGGACAGGGGCGGGACCGAGAUUUUUCUCUGAACGGUCGGGGACUGUGCAAUGGCUACUUGUAAUUAUUAAGCGAAACCAGAGUAUAGAGGUGGAAAAAAUGUCCCUUAUGACAAAUGAAAUAAAGUGUUAUAUUUGCAUGAUUUCCUGUAUUUUCAUCGAGCAGAUAUUUAUGGUUGUGUAUACUAAAUGGAUGUAUGUCACCUUAAUAACUGUUUAUGAAAAUGGAAAAAAAAAACUGUCACCUUCUUCUGUGAAUAUAAAUAUACAAUUUUCUUAGCUCUUUUAUGACUAA